CUCGCCUCUCAGUGGAAUACAUAGCCUUCUCCGUGAAUCCUUCCGGGUCUCCAGGCAAGGCCACGCCCAGUCUCAAUCCUGCCCGCUCCCGACUGGAACUCGCUUCCUGAAAUACGCAUGCGCAGAGAUGUCGCAACUACUUAAAGAGCAAAUUUAAGUCUUGUGCCGGCGCGCUAAAUCCCGGUCGCUAUGCGGGUGCUUGUGGGUGGCGGGACUGGAUUCAUAGGGACAGCUCUAAGCCAGCUGCUGAAAGCCAGGGGCCACGAAGUGACAUUGGUCUCCCGAAAGCCGGGGCCGGGUCGGAUCACGUGGGAUGAACUCGCUACGUCUGGGCUGCCCACCUGCGAUGCAGUGGUCAACCUGGCAGGAGAGAACAUCCUCAACCCUCUGCGAAGGUGGAAUGAAGUCUUCCAAAAAGAGGUUCUCAGCAGCCGCCUGGAGACCACCCAAAUACUGGCUAGAGCCAUCACCAAGGCCCCUAAAUCUCCCCAAGCCUGGGUCUUAGUCACAGGUGUAGCUUACUACCAACCCAGCCUGACUGUGGAGUAUGAUGAGGACAGCCCAGGAGGGAAUUUUGACUUUUUCUCCAACCUCGUGACCAAAUGGGAAGCUGCAGCCAGGCUUCCUGGAGAGUCUACACGCCAGGUGGUGGUACGCUCCGGGGUUGUGCUAGGCCGCGGGGGCAGUGCCAUUGGUCACAUGCUGCUGCCCUUCCGCCUGGGCCUGGGAGGCCCCAUCGGCUCGGGCCACCAAUUCUUCCCAUGGAUACACAUCAAGGACCUAGCAGGAAUCCUGGCCCAUGCACUUGAAGCAAGCCACGUGCAGGGGGUUCUAAAUGGAGUGGCUCCAGCCUCCACCACUACGAAUGCAGAGUUUGCCCAAGCCUUGGGGGCUGCCCUGGGCCGCCCAGCCUUCAUCCCUCUCCCCAGCACAGUGGUGCGAGCUGUCUUUGGGCAAGAGCGUGCCAUCAUGCUGCUGGAGGGCCAGAAGGUGGUCCCACGGCGGACCCUGGCCACUGGCUACCAGUAUUCCUUCCCAGAGCUGGGGGCUGCCUUGAAGGAAAUUAUAACCUAAGUGGGGAGGCUCAUGGCAGGGCCCAAGGCCUGUCCCUCAACAAAGGCCUCCUGUUUAGAAGCUGAGCGGCUCAGGUAUUCUACUUGAGAGCCGAAACCAUCUGGUUCUUAGGGAUUCCUCUCCUGGUUCUCCUCCUUUCUCAUUGUUCUGUUGCUCCCCCUUCUUUAACUGAAAAAUUACUCUCGCUGUAUCAAGUUGCAGUCUCAUCAAUUUGGCACCUUAAUCUCUUCAGCUUCUUGUAAAAGAAAUUCCAAGGCUGGUUUCCCUACAUGUUCCACUCCCACCCCAAUUGUCCUUUAUGUUGUAUAGAGAAUGCACUGCAGUGUAGGCAAUAAACAUACAUUAUCUCAGUAGCUUUGCUCAUCUCUUUGGCCUAGAUUCUCCUGCAUUUCAAGGGACGUCAUUCAAGAUGACACUUCCCCCUACAUGGUUUUUGAAAGUUUUAAUGAGCAACAUCUCCCAUUUUGGUCCCUCCAUUGCCAAAAGAGCUGGUAACAAAUUCAGGGCAUGAGGUUAUGAAGGUAGUGACUAGAUAAGAAAUGCUGAUCCACAUCUGGUGGGCUCUGUGGUCACUGUGUAUCCUU